AUGGAAUGGACGUACAAAGUAAAUGAUAAUAGACAUGAACUAGGUUACUACUUAAUUGAUGGUAUUUAUCCUAGUUGGUCUAUCUUUGUGAAAAGUUAUUCUUAUCCCAAUAGUGCAAAGAAGAAAUUAUUUUCGCAGAAACAAGAGUUUUACAGGAAGGAUGUCGAGAGAGCAUUUGCGAUCCUACAAGUCCGAUACGCCAUUGUUAAAGGGGUUGCAUGUUUGUGUAAUGUGGAAGACCUUUAUUCAAUCAUGCUGAUGUCCAUAAUUUUGCACAACAUGAUUGUGAAAGAUGAGUACGUUGAAAUUGAGGAAGAUUUUGACGAAGAUGCGGAUGAUGACCAACCACCAUAUGCCAGAGCCAUGACAAUAGAUGUUGAAUAUCUCGCUACAACCACAUACGACACCCAACAGGAUAGGGUCACACUGAGUGAGUAUAUGAGACGUUUAAAUAGAAUUCAAGCUCCUCAAGGUCAUGACACACUCUACAAGGAUUUGGUUGAGCAUAUAUGA